UCAAUUCUGACAGUAAAAAAACUAAACUAAAAAAACAAACUCUUGAAAAACAAAAACAAUAAAAUAAUGUCCAUUUCAUCAUCGAAUUAAAUUAGUAACAACUAUAAUUAAUAGUGCACUUCUUCCUUAUAAACGUUUAAAAUGGUCGUGUGCCCCCCGGAGCAUUGCCUGCAAGCCGACGUGGUCUUCCUUAUCGAAGCCACCGCAGUAAAUGGGGCCUACAUUUCUGACAUAAAAACUAACUAUAUUAUUCCUUCCUUAGAAUAUUUUAACCAAGGUAGCAUAGAUGACACAGUUCUAGCCUCGGAGAAUUCAAGUUCUUUUUAUGGCAUUGUUACUUAUCAAGCCGCUGACUGUCUACCCAAUUUGGCUACAGACACUUUUGGGCCAUUUACUAGUCCGUCGAAAGUUUUGGCUUCAAUCGAUAGAUUAGAGCUUAUUGGUGGCAAAGGUGAAUCUCAUGGUAACAUAGCAGAAGGCUUGGCGACAGCUUUGUGUUGCUUCGAGGAGCUCCAACCAAAAAGGGACCCAAAUAUUGUUGUACAGAAACAUUUGAUUUUAAUUUGCAACUCUCCUCCUUACAUGAUGCCUGUAUUGGAAUGCCAGAUGUAUUCAGGAAAGAAUUGUGAGCAAUUGGCUUCGAUUUUGCUGGAAAAAAGUAUUAAUCUGACAGUGAUAUCACCGAGAAAAAUCCCCCCUUUAUAUAAAUUAUUUGAAAAGGCUGGAGGAGAUUUGUCAUCUUCACAAACGAAAAAUUACGCCAAAGACCCAAGACAUUUAGUAUUAUUAAAAGGCUACAGUCUAAAAGAAAGACCAGUGAGCCCACCUCCUGGAAGUGUUAAUAAUCAGGCACAGCCAGUAUCAUGUAUGCCGGUAGCUUCAAUGCCCAGUCCGCUACCUGGCAAUGAUAGUCCCAUACAUGCCAACACCCAACUAGGAACCCCACAGAAUCCGAAUAUGAUUGGAAAUAACUCUCCUACAGUUUCCAGUGGCAUGGGUCAGAGUCCCGCUUAUAGGUCACCAAAUCAUCCACAAGUGGGAAGAAUCAUGCAGCCUAAUCAAAUGGGUCCCAUGGGCCCCAUGGGACUCCCAAUGCCCGCUCCACCCGGUUACCAUGCCGCCACAGCUGGUGUAAGACCCGGUUGGCAAAUGCCGCCCCCGACCCAACAGCCGCGCCCCUACAUGCCCCAAGUGAAUUCCAGUCAGCCCCAAGUGAAUACAACAAGCGGAGGUAGUGCCCUAAUAGCCCAACUGAACCAACCGCCCUCCAUAGCUACCGGUGGGGUUAAUGUCAAUCAAUUCGGGCAAAUCAACGCAAACUCGCCAAUCAACAAAAUCCUAAACCCCCAGCAGAACAUUCAGCCCUCGAUGGGCCAAAACCCGGGUCAGUUGCCCACCUCGAUGCCCCAAGUGUCGCAGAACAAUCCGGUGAUUACUUCGCAAGCCCAGAGUUCACAACCACCCUCGCAACAAAUGGGAGCGAGAGAGAGACACACCAUAUGGCACGGCGUGUUGGAAUGGAUCGAAAAACCGAAAAAUCCCACCGAUCAACAGAAAGUCACUAAACACGUUCCCUGUCAGGUCUCUUCUACAUGUAAAGACGGUGAACCCGAAAUGAAGGCAGACGGUUGGCCACAGAAACUGAUAAUGCAGCUGAUGCCCAAACAGCUGAUCGGCAACAUUGGCGGUUCUUACUUAAAAAAUUCGAAAUCGGUGCUGUUUCAUCCCUCGCAGUGUGAAGCCUUGGAAUCGUUGACGAGGGUCAUGAAUUCCGGAUUCGCUGGUUGUGUCCAUUUCACUAGUAACCCAAACCCCGCAGCCUGCGACAUAAAAGUCUUAAUCCUGCUUUACACAAACGACAAAAAAGCGUAUUUGGGCUUCAUACCGAACGAUCAAGGGGCGUUCGUCGAUCGUCUACGUAAAGUGAUCCAGCAACAAAAAUCCACCCAAAUGAGACAGGGUGGCAAUGGUCAGCCAAUGAACCCCGGCCAACCGGGAUCCCAACUACCCAUGGGAACGAUGGGCACCGCCGGUAAUAAUCCGGUGACGUCACAGCAAAACGCCCAGCAAGGCAUGAUGAUAUCGCAAACCAAUACGAUGUCAAUGGGGGGCGGACAGAUCACGCAAAAUUUAAAUCCCCAAGGUCAAGCGGGUUCCAGUUUAGGACCCCCGAGUGCCGCCAUGGGACAACAGGGACAACCAAUCAACCAGUCCGGUCAGUCUCUUAAUCAACCGGGUGGCAAUAUCGGGCAACCGGGUCAACCGGGUAAUACGAUGGGUCAAAUCGGGCAACCGGGGAAUCCGAUCGGACAACCGGGCGGCAUGAUGGGGCAAAAUGUGGGGCAACAAGGUAGCCAAAAUCAACCGAACAUGCAACCGGGAAUGAUGGGACAGCCGGUGCAGAGGGCCCCGUUCGAGAAUCAACUGCAAGUCGAAAGACAACAAAACCUGGAAAAAAUCAACAAGUUAAAGCAGACUUUGGAGGCGGCCCAGCAGCAGGAGCAACAAUACAAAACCCAGUUGGAGAGGAUCAGUCAUAUGAAGACCUCGCACUUGCAGGAAGCUUUGCAGGCCGCUCAGCAUACGGAAAUGCAGUAUGCGAAGAUUUUAGAGCAACGCAUGGCGGCCCAAGGUAACCCACAAGUGCCCCAACCGAACAAUCCGCAACAACAACGAAUGAUCAGACCGGUAAUGACCAACAAUCCCGGACUAAGACAUCUCCUGCAACAACAACCGCAGUAUAGGCAACAGAUACUAAACAGCAUGCAACAACAGUUGGGUAAUAACGGCAGAGGGCAAAUGGGUCAACAAUCAAUGUCCAACGCCCAAGGGGGGCAGCCCAAUCAAUUCGACGACGUGUCUAAUUUUGAUUUUAAUAUGAUGUAAUGCCGUUUAUUUUAAGGUAUUCGGUGCAUAGGGUAAGAGUAUUGUUAUGUAACCUUAAUAAAUCCGUAAUGAAAU